GUCCAGGCCGGCCAGCCCCCUUUAGGAACACGCCCCUUUCCAAUGCCUGCCUGCCUGCUCGCUCUUUGGACUUGCCAAGUGCCCGUCAGCCCCCCGUCAAAAAAAGUUGCGCGUCUGCGCAACGGAGAAGGAAAGGGUGGCGAAUGAGUGAGGGAAGCUGCAGAGACGGCGGAGGCGCCGGUGCUUUCGGGGACGAGAGAACGAACUUCGGUUUGUGUGAGUGGGUAAAGUAAAGUGGCUGGAGGAGAAAACAACAACCACGAGCCUGGCCCAAGUCGGCGAGACUGCGGUCGGGAGAGAGAAGGGCCGUUACGAAGGCGGGAAAAAAGGGGGUGCAGGCCGAUUAGACGAGGGCGCGCGCGCGCGCCAGCGGGGUGGCUUUGGGUGGCGGGAGUCGCCUCAGAAACGCGCUCUUUGCUCGCCCCGCCCCGCUUCCAGGCUCUCCUGGCUGCUGCUCUUUACGGGACCAGCCACCCCCUAUACAGUGUAUAUAUAUGAAAAGUAAGCCUCUGGUUGGGAAAUAUUAUCUCAUUCCGGCCCCGUAUGAUCCCAGUCAACAGCAGACUUGCUGGCUCCCACAACAGGUUGCUCGCAAGGUCCUGAACAGAUCAAUGGGGGUUUCUCAAGGAGGCACGACGCAAGCCUUCACAAGUGUGGGCCAGAUCCUUGAGAACUUUCUAGCAAGACAGCAGGUGUUAAGGGGAGGUGGAUGACAGGGGGGUUUAUCUUCAUUUGGGGGCCUCCACUCUGCUGUAGGUAUUCUCUCCCCUACACCCCCCCCCGCCUUUUAAACACGGGGCAGAAGAAAACAAGUUUGCUUGCUCAGGUCCUUUGUUGGCAUCUGAAGAAAAGAGCCCUGCAGGACCCGACCUAUAAUAAUAUAAUAAUAAAUUAUUACUGAUACCACACCCAUCUGGCUGGGUUUCCCCAGCCACUCUGGGUGGCUCCCAACAGAAUACAGUGGUACCUCCGGUUCAGUACUUAAUUCGUUCCAGAGGUCCGUUCUUAACCUGAAACUGUUCUUAACCUGAAGCACCACUUUAGCUAAUGGGGCCUCCUGCUGCUGCCGUGCCACCAGAGCAUGAUUUCUGUUCUCAUCCUGAAGCAAAGUUCUUAACCAGAAGCACUAUUUCUGGGUUAGCGGAGUCUGUAACCUGAAGCAUAUGUAACCUGAAGCAUAUGUAACCUGAGGUACCACUGUAGUAAGAACAUGAUAAAACAUUAAUCAUUAAAAACUUCCCUAAACAGGGUUGCCUUCAGAUGUCUUGUAAAAGUCAGAUAUCUGUUUAUUUCCUUGACAUCUGAUGGGAGGGCGUUCCACAGGGCAGGCGGCACUACUGAGAGGGCCCUCUGCCUGGUUCCCUGUAACCUCACUUCUCACAGUGAGGGAACCGCCAGAAGUCCCUCGGAGCUGGACCUCAGCAUCCAGGCUGAACGAUGGGGAUGGAAACGCUCCUUCAGGUAUACUGGGCCGAGGCCUAUAGCCCUUCUAAUCCAGCACCUUGUUCUCGCAAUUGCCAGCCAGAUACCAGUGGGAAACCUGCAAACACCCAAGCACUCCCUUUUCCUUCAGUUUCAAAUAACUGCUAUUCAGAAACAUUACUACCUCCACACGGACUAUUUCCAUAUUUUUCAAGUGUCUUUGUUUCCGAGGGAUGCCCCUCAUUUAAACCUACAGUGGUACCUCGGGUUACAUACGCUUCAGGUUACAUAUGCUUCAGGUUACAGACUCCGCUAACCCAGAAGUCGUACCUCGGGUUAAGAACUUUGCCUCAGGAUGAGAACAGAAAUCGUGCUGUGGCGACCCCAUUAGCUAAAGUGGUGCUUCAGGUUAAGAACAGUUUCAGGUUAAGAACAGACCUCCGGAACGAAUUAAGUACUUAACCCGAGGUACCACUGUAUUUUAAAGUUGUCCCUUGAUAGCGUUGCAAGCCUCUUUAUCACCAUAAGUUUAUUGCAGGUAUGCCUGAUUCCAUGGACUAUCCGCUAAUACCACUUACACCCAAAAUAUACAUCCAAAAUGCUUAAAAAGAGAUAUUUGAGCAUUUAAAACUUAAUGUAAUUUCUUUAUAUGUUAAUUGCCACAGGGCUCGCCCACUAAAUGUCUAUACUAGAUGACUCUUGGGGAUCUCUUUCGAUUCUACAAUUCUGUGAUUCUGUGGAACAGUUGCUUGUGAACAGGCUUCUGUGGGAUCAGCGAUAGGGAGCUCAAUCAUGUGGAAGCCUAUGUGUGAGCAUUCUCCCUGGACUUCCUCCUCCAUCAUUAAAGGUCAGCGGCAUGCCUGUGACUUGCAGUGGGCUAGGCAAAACAGCUCCAAGUAAACACAUGGAGCCUUUUUACACGAUGCUUACAUACUAUAUUAGGACUCUGCUCAAAAUGAGAGGGGCGAAAGGAAGUCGGAAAUUUAGGUUAGACGAUAUUUGUCUACAGGAAAAGAAGUAGGCUGGCAUCAUCACACUCCCAUUUAGUGUGUUGAGAAUGGUGAUUCCUGCCAAAAUAAGACUGAAAGAUUCUCAGAAGCUUUCCUCAGCUAGGAACUUAGCAAGCUGAAAAUGUUUGUUUGACUCUCUAAGUCUAGGAAACAAGGACGUAGCUUUGUUGAGGGUGCUGAAAGUUCUCUGUAAGAUAUCCCUAGUCCCUCAAAAAACCUAGUUAUCUAGAUUACCUUGAAGAACAAAGCAUGAAAUCAAGUUCCACCAUCAUAGUUGCAGUAACUUGUACUCAUUUAAAGUAACAUUAUUUUUUCAUUUUUUCAUAUUUUUUUCAUUUUUCAUAUUUAUUAUGAAACAUUCCACCCCUUCCAUUAUUAUUAGCCCUCAGAAUGAUCCUCUACUUUCACUGUACACAAAUUCUGUUCUGUGAAAUAGACAUGAUCUGAGAUUAUGUAGCUCUGACAAAGCUACAGAAAUAUCUUAGCUGUGUCAAUAAUAAGAGAGCCUUGUUGUAGAUUAGAACUUGGAGGAAUUGGCAAUAGUUUUCUGAGUACUUGGCACACAAUUUAAAAUAUGCAUGUUAACCCACUCCUAAAAUAACCAAAUUUAGAUCCAGUGGCACUGGAGAAGUACCAUCCAGUCUCUAAUUUGCCAUUUUUGAACAAGGUAUUGGAUUGGGCGGUGGUCUUCUAACACCAGAUAGUAUUGGAUUAUGUUGAUUCUAUGAAUCUACAGUGGUACCUCGGGUUAAGAACUUAAUUCGUUCUGGAGGUCCGUUCUUAACCUGAAACUGUUCUUAACCUGAGGUACCACUUUAGCUAAUGGGGCCUGCUGCUGCGCGAUUUCUGUUCUCAUCCUGAAGCAAAGUUCUUAACCCAAGGUACUAUUUCUGGGUUAGUAGAGAAUCCUAACCUGAAGCGUCUGUAACCCAAGGUACCACUGUAUUUCAGAGCCAUUUAUGGAAUGGCAAUUGGCUUUUUAAAAUUCUGGACGAUGACUUACACCAGAAAAUGGCCCAGUGAGAGAUGUUAUCCUGUUCUCUUAGACCUCUCUUAGACCAGGCAUGUCCAACAGGUCGAUUGGGAUCUACAGUGGUACCUUGGGUUAAGUACUUAAUUCGUUCCGGAGGUCUGUUCUUAACCUGAAACUGUUCUUAAACUGAAGCACCACUUUAGCUAAUGGGGCCUCCUGCUGCCGCCACGCUGUCGGAGCACGAUUUCUGUUCUCAUCCUGAAGCAAGGUUCUUAACCUGAAGCACUAUUUCUGGGUUAGCGGAGUCUGUAACCUGAAGUGUAUGUAACCUGAGGUACCACUGUACUGGUCAGUUGUGGGGUCGAUCCCACCCCCAAGCUGAACAACUUUGGCUUUCCAAAAAAAAAUGCUGAGCAACGGAGCCCGCCUGAGGGGAAGGGAGGAUGGUAAGGGCUGGCGUGGAAGGGGUUCCGUCCUGCCCUCCGUCCUGCCCUCCGGCGGCUUAAAGGGGCAGUGUGCUGUUAUCAAGCUGCUAGCACCGGAGGUAGCAACCGCGUUACCAGGGCUUUGUUACAUGUGCUUUUACCUCAGGGCUCUUCCCGCCCACCCGCUUCUGAGCCUCGGGCCUUGCCGAGGGUGGCGGGUCUGGAGCGAUCUGCCGGGCAGGCUGGGUUCAGGACCAUGGCUGACCGGAUCUGGCCCGCGGACCGGUUUGAGGAACCCUGUUCUGGGCAAGUCUACUCUAGACUCCUGUGAUACACUCUACAUUUUCAGCUGGUUCACAGUGCGGCUGCCAGAGCCUUGAUGGGAGUAUGGUACCAGCGACACCUGCGUUGUAUUGAUUGCACUGCUUUCUAGUUUGUUUCUGGAUUGAGUUUAAAGUACUGGUUUUAACCUUUAAAGCCCAGUACAGUUUGGGUCCAACAUAUUAAUUGAACCGUCUGCAUUUGCACCAUUUUGCUCACACUAUGACAUCUCCCUCAGAAGCUCUCAUAUACACAGUGGGAUGGGGGUGGGGGUAGGACUGCAAACAAUGAGAUAAGAGGAAAAUGAAAUGCAGGAAAUGCAGGCAGUGAUAAUUACACCGUUAAUAAGAGGACAGUAAAUUGAAGAAGUAAAUUUUAUUAGAAAUAUGAUUUUGGAGAACUGUUACAAGGUGAUACAAUGAAAUUCAGUUGGGGGGAUUUGAGGAAGUCAGUUAACAAAGAAAGUUAAAUUAGGUUUUAGAAGUAAGUGUCCCCCCCUUUUUCUCUUUUUCUAUAUUUAGUAUUGUAAUGUGUUUUCUUUUGUGUUUUGUAUGUUAUUUCUGUUAUAAAUGUGGAAAAUUAAUUUUAAAAAAAAUUAAAAAGAUAAUUACACCAUUAACAGGGGUUAUUCACAAAAUCGCUGUUGGUGAUAACACAUACAUCCUGGCAUUGAAAAUAAAGAGUCUUGGAUUUGAUGAAUAAUAAUAAUAAUAAUAAUUUAUUGUUUGUACCCCGCCCAUCUGGCUGGGUUUCCCCAGCCACCCUGGGUGGCUUCCACAAAGACCAAAAAUACACUAAGAUGUCACACAUUAAAAACUUCCCUGAACAGGGCUGCCUUCAGAUGUCUUCUGAAUGUCAGGUAGUUGUUUAUAUCUUUGACAUCUGAUGGGAGGGCGUUCCACAGGGCGGGCACCACUACCAAGAAUGCCCUCUGCAUGGUUCCCUGUAGCUUUGCUUCUUGCAAUGAGGGAACUGCCAGAAGGCCCUCGGCGCUGGACCUCAGCGUCCGGGCAGAACGAUGGGGGUGGAGACGCUCCUUCAGGUAUACUGGGCCGAGGCCGUUUAGGGCUUUAAAGGUCAACACCAACACUUUGAAUUGUGCUCAGAAACGUACUGGGAGCCAGUGUAGGUCUUUCAAGACCGGUGUUAUGUGGUCUUGGCGGCUGCCCCCAGUCACCAGUCUAGCUGCCACAUUCUGGAUUAGUUGUAGUUUCCGGGUCACCUUCAAAGGUAGUCCCAUGUAGCGCGCAUUGCAGUAGUCCAAGCGGGAGAUAACUAGAGCAUGCACCACUCUGGCGAGACAGUCUGGUGAAGCAGGUAGGGUCUCAGUCUGCAUACCAGGUGGAACUGGUACCAGGUGGAGCUGAUGAAGUGGGUGAUAUGCCAAAGAUAUUCCAAAGCGCUUGCGCCACAAUAAAUUUGCUAGUCUUUAAGACGCUCUGUUGUUUUUGCUGCAACAGACUAGUAUAGUUACAUGUCUGGAAAGUUAUCAACAGGAUAGCCCUGCAACUGACCAUGUUUUUGUUUCUACUACAACAGUAUUAGGGCUUAAAUUUAUGAUUCAGACCACAUAUUUACAAACCUGUUUGUUAAGAUUUAUCUAUUUGAGUCAUACAUUUCAAUUAUUGAGAAUUUCUUUUUCUUUUUCUAGGUUAAAGUAUUUGAACUAUAUUGUGUAUACCAGAAGAUCCACGGAGGAAAACAUGUCUUAUUUACUCAAAGAAUUUCUAAAAUGUGGUUUUGCCUGCCAAAUGCAUAGAGUAGGAACAUUAUUAAUUGGAAAACAUACGCUGAAAAAUUCCAAAGCCUUCAGUGGACGACAACUGAACACUUCACAAGCUUUAUCUCAAGUUAGUGCCAAGAAUGUGGACUCUUUCAGUUAUGUAAUUGUUGGAGCUGGAUCUGCAGGAUGUGUAUUGGCCAACCGAUUGACAGAAGAUCCUCACAGCACUGUUAAACUCCUGGAAGCUGGGCCAAAAGAUACCAUUUUGGAUAGCAAGCAAUUGCUGUGGAAGAUCCAUAUGCCCGCUGCACUAACCUACAACCUAUGUGAUGAGAAAUAUAACUGGUAUUACCACACAACACCACAGAAGCACAUGGAUAAUCGAAUUAUGUAUUGGCCCAGAGGAAGAGUGUGGGGGGGAUCAUCAUCCCUCAAUGCUAUGGUGUAUAUUCGGGGCCACGCAGAGGAUUACAACAGGUGGAGCAAGGAAGGGGCUGUUGGAUGGGAUUAUGAGUUUUGUUUGCCAUAUUUUAAGAAAGCACAGACACAUGAGCUGGGUGCUGAUUUGUAUCGAGGUGGGAAUGGUCCACUUAAUGUGUCCAGGGGAAAAACAAAAAACCCUCUUCACCGUGCAUUUUUGGAUGCAGCUCAACAAGCUGGGUAUCCCUUCACAGAGGAUAUGAAUGGCUUUCAACAAGAAGGCUUUGGUUGGAUGGAUAUGACAAUACACAAAGGUUAGCCUUCAAAGAAUGUUUGUAAACUUGUCUAUUUACCAAAUAAUAAUAAUCAGUCUACAUGGAUAAUCACAAUUGUUUUUGAAACAGUGUGCCGUGAAGCCCUGAGAUUCCUUGGAAGUUUGCCAAGGAUUUCUCAGUAAAAUCACUAAUGAUGGACAAGUUUAUCCAAAAGACAGUUUGAUCACUGCUGCUGAUCUUUCUAUGCUAUGUAUAUUUGCAAGGUGUGUUUAUUUUAUGUAUUCUGUUACUUCUUCACGCAGUGCAUAUUUAAACCAUGGAACCUGCUCCCACAGGAGGCAGUGAUGGCCACCAACACUUUCAAAGAGGAUUAGACAAAUUCAUGGAGGAGAGGGCUGUUGAUGGCUACUAGCCAUGAAGCCAAUGCUCUGCCUCCACAGUUUGAGGCAGCAGUGCUUCUGGAAUACCAGUUUCUGGAAACUAGAGGGUGGGGAAGUGUGCUCUUGUGUUUGAAUCCAACUUGCGAGCCAAAUACAUGACCACUGUGAGAACAGGAUGUUGGAUCAGAUGGGCCAUUUGUCUGAUCUGGCAGGGUCUUAUAUUCUUUUUUUUUUUAUUCAACUUAAUUAAUAUUUAUAAGAAGUUGUUGCGGGGUUAGUUAGGGAAGCCAGAAAUGAGUGUGAAACAGCAACAAUAACCACACAAAGGUAUCUAAUUUACCUCUCUUCUGGUAAACAUGUCUUGUUGACUUGGAUUAAAUGAUCUAAUAUGGAAUUACUAUGGAAACCAAUCUGCAGAAAGCAUUCACUUCAGUAGAACUGAUUUGUCAGUUUACUGAAAUUAGUUUUUCUGGCUGAAUGAGAAUGCCAAUUGAUGGCCAUCUUUUGCAUCCACUAAAUUUGUAGAAUAAUUUUUGACAGCACUUUUAACCACUUGAUUUGCAUUUAAUUCUUAAAUGUAGAUAGUCUCUCUCUCUCUCUCUCUCUCUCUCUCUCUCUCUCUCUCUCUCUCUCUCUUGCAAGGUAUUAUGCACCCAGUCCACAAAACUACUAUUCGAACCCUUCCCUUGCCCCCAGCAAAGGUGAUCAGCACUGUCAGUUUUUGGAGUCGGGUGGGAUUAAGAGUACAGCAAUAGGCAUAGAGUGUUAUAUUUGUGAUUCUAUAGAUUGAGGCAGAACUUCAGUUAGGGGCAGAAAUGAUAAAUUCACACAGCGUCCUGCCCAGCAGGGUGUCCCCCCGCUCCAUUUUAUGUAUGGGAGAUGUGUGUGUGUGUGUGUGUAAACUUAUUCCAGUGGGCAAGUUAAUAGAUCGCAAGUUGCUGGAUUGGAGCAAUUAUUUUAAAGGAGAAGAACAAAUGCAGAAUUUCAAAACGGCGAGAAAGUCAUUUCUGUAGCUCUGAAAGGGCAUAGAUUAUUUUGGUUACUUCUGUUAUAUAUAAACCUAUAUUUUGUAGGUCAAAGAUGGAGCACAGCUAGUGCUUACCUUCGCCCUGCAUUGCCACGCCCAAACUUGUCCGCAGAAGACAGUACACUUGUUAUAAAAAUUUUGUUUGAAGGGACCAAAGCCAUUGGCAUUGAGUAUGUUAAAAAUGGAGAAAAGAAAAAGGUAAGAUUUAAAUUUCCUAUCCAGAAAGAAAUUUCUGGAAAGGUAAUAGAUUUUUAGUUGUGAUAAAAAUAAAAUGUUACUGCAGCAGAGUUAUAGCAAGGCUGCUGUGCUGCUUGAAGUAGCUACACUGCUUGAAGUAGUUACACUACAAAGUUACAAAUGAAACUUUGAUAUACUAUAUAUGAACAUGUACCACCGAUGAAGCCCAUGAGAGCGAAACAAGGCAUUAUUCCGGAAAUCCUUGUCAACUCUGUGGAACUGUAGUAGGCUCCAAUAUGGACUUUAUGAACAUAUGUGGAACAGAAACUACCAGAUAUUUGGUCUUUAUGAAUUAACUGAUCUAUUGGGACUUCCGUCUAUAUUAUUGCACUUUAUCGCCAAAGAAUUGAUGCUUUUGAAUUCUGGUGCUGGAGGAAACUCUUGAGAGUCCCAUGGACUGCAAGAAGAUCAAACCUCUCCAUUCUGAAGGAAAUCAGCCCUGAGUGCUCACUGGAAGGACAGAUCCUGAAGCUGAGGCUCCAAUACUUUGGCCACCUCAUGAGAAGAGAAGACUCCCUGGAAAAGACCCUGAUGUUGGGAAAGAUGGAGGGCACAAGGAGAAGGGGACGAAAGAGGACGAGAUGGUUGGAUAGUGUUCUCGAAGCUACUAACAUGAGUUUGACCAAACUGCGGGAGGCAGUGGAAGACAGGAGUGCCUGGCGUGCUGUGGUCAAUGGGGUCACGAAGAGUCGGACACGACUAAAUGACUAAACAACAACAAAAUGUGUUGUUUCUAUGCAAGAUAAACAUUUGAUAUUGUGAUAAGAAUAUAUAGAAGAGUAUUGUUUAUGUGAAUGCACAGCCGAUUACAUCUUGUGUGUUUGUCAAACAGUCAGAUCCGGCUGACUGUCUAGACUCCAGCUGUCUGGACUAACACAAAUACAGUGGUGCCCCGCAAGACGAAUGCCUCGCAAGACGGAAAACCCGCUAGACGAAAGGGUUUUCCGUUUUGGAGGUGCUUCGCAAAACGAAUUUCCUAUGUGCUUGCUUCGCAAGACGAAAAUGUCUUGCGAGUUCCUGCGGGGUGUUUCCUUUCCCCCUUUUCCCAAGCCGCUAAACCGCUUAUCAGCUGAUGGCUAAGCCGCUUAUCAGCUGAUCUUUAAGCCGCUUAACAGCUGAUGCUAAGCCGCUUAUCAGCUGAUCGUUAAGCCGCUUAUCAGCUGAUCUUUAAGCCGCUUAUCAGCUGAUCGUUAAGCCACUUAUCAGCUGAUCUUUAAGCCGGCUAAGCUGCUAAUACUGUAGCGCUAAGCCGCUAAACCUCUAAUGGGCUUGCUUCGCAAGACGAAAAAACCUGCAAGACGAAGAGACUCGCGGAACGGAUUCUUUUCGUCUUGCGAGGCACCACUGUAGUAUGGAAAAUGACAUUUAUGACCCAGCUGCUCUCUGAAAGGUUGUUUUGAAAUACUGAUUUUAUUAUAUCAAAAUUAUAUUUAUUAACAAUUAGCUUUCUUUUAUUUCAGGUUUUUGCUAGUAAAGAAGUUAUUUUAAGUGGAGGUGCCAUAAAUUCCCCACAGUUACUUAUGCUGUCUGGAGUUGGAAAUGCAGAUGACCUAAAAAAAUUAGGAAUUCCUGUUGUCUGCAACCUUUCAGGUGUGUAUCUAAUACUGUGUUUGGGUUGAAUAUAGUUCUGCUUACACUGAUCAACUGCUUGCCUUGGAAUCUAAGAUAAGUUAACUAAAGGAAGUUAGUCAGCUGCAGGGAGUGAUGGAAAACUUUACCCCUAUGUUGUUCCUUAAGUUACCUUAUCUUAUAAUCCAAGCUGUACUUAUUUCUAUAAUGUUGGCAGUUUUUUUGUUGUUGUUUCUACUAGGAGUUGGCCAGAAUCUUCAAGAUCAUUUAGAAGUGUACGUACAACAGAAAUGCACUCAACCUAUAACAUUGUAUAAAGCACAAAAGCCUCUUCAGAUGGUCAAGAUUGGGCUUGAAUGGUUCUGGAAAUGUACAGGUAGGACUUAAAAUAGUGUCAUGUGAUGCUGUUAGAUAGGGAUAGCAAAUUGGCUUUUAAAAUAAAAAGGGGCUAUCCAAGUGAAUGUACAUACCUGUGAGCACUCUGAUUAGAGAAACCUUUGACCAGUAAACAUAUUUUAUCUAUACCAGCCCCCCCCUUCAUUCACCAACCCCACCUAUACCCUUUACCAAGAUUCCCUCACCAGACCCCCCCCCCCACACCUUGACAACUCCCCACCCCUGGACCUUGCCAGUCCCUUACAGCAUGCCCAACACCUACAUCUAGCCCUUGCCAACACCCUCCUCCUCACCCCAAUAACCCUCGAGACCUUUCCCAUUCCUUCUCAUGCUGAUGCAGCCAAGCAGGACAAAGGGGUGACCUGGUAGGUGGAGCCCUGCAGGAAGGAGGUCAGAAGUGGCAGCCAGCUGGCAUUGCGAUCUGCCGCCACCACCUUAUCCCUGCUGAUUCUUUAUCCUAAGCAGUGAUGGAGACAGUGGAUUACUAGGCUGGCUGCCUGCCUCUUCUAACCACCUUCCUCCUGCCUGCUCUUAGUUUGUCAGUUAAUCUUACUGACUUUAGUGGGGCUUUCUUCUGAGAACACGGCUGUCCAGGAUCCACAUAUUAGCAUCAAGAUAACUCGUGUUUCUUCCACGUGUUCCCCUCCAACUGCGUCUUCUACCUCCACACACAGGAGUCAAAUAUCCCUCAGAAUCCUUCAGAAAGGAUAUUGCCAGGAAUAUGCUUUCUCUCAGCCGGAACUGUUUUUUAUAUAAAAAACAAAAUUCAAAACAAAUUUAUAUAAAAAACAAAAUUCUCUUCCCCAUUGCACAAUUUCUGAAUCUCCCCUAUGGUAUUUCCAUUCUUCAGGUGACGGAGCCACUGCUCAUCUAGAGUCUGGGGGAUUUAUCAGAAGUCGACCUGGAGUUUCUCAUCCAGAUAUUCAGUUCCACUUCCUCCCUUCUCAGGUGAUUGAUCAUGGACGUGUUGCUUCUCAACUGGAAGCUUACCAAGUGAGUGGUACAAGAACACUAAUUAUGAAGAAACAGAAGUACUACCUGAAAAAUUGUGCUGCCAUAAUUCCAUUUUACCUGUAGCAUAUACAGUGGUACCUCUAGUUAAGAACUUAAUUCGUUCUGGGGGUCCGUUCUUAACCUGAAACUGUUCUUAACCUGAGGUACCACUUUAGCUAAUGGGGCCUGCCACGCCGCUGCUGCGCAAUUUCUGUUCUUAUCCUGAAGUAAAGUUCUUAACCCAAGGUACUACUUCCAGGUUAGCGGAGUCUGUAACCUGAAGCGUUUGUAACCUGAGGUACCACUGUAAAUAGAAAAGUCAGAUUAUGUCCUUCAGCAUCCUUGGUAAUCACUCUGUCAUAGUAAAACAACAGAGAAAGAUCUAAACCAGACCAUUUCUCUUUCAUGAUACCCCUCAACAUGGCACCCACAGAUGCCAUUGUAUCCAUCAGAUACUUUCGUUGGUGCCCAGUGGCAUUCCCUGUCACUUCUGGGUUUUUAAUUAAAAAAAAAAUCAUUUUUGCAGACUCUUUCCUUUUUCUUCUAUCUUCGUCUGUGGCUGGGUUGACUACAAAGAGACCCACAGGCCUGCACAUGCUCUAUUCUUCUUUACUUCCCCUUCCCAUUAAUGCUUCUGGGAUGCAUGUGGAAUCAGGACAUCUUGUUCUAUUUUCUUUAUGGAAGCCGCCUUGAGUCCCGGACUGGGAAAAAGGUGGAAUAUAAAUAAAAAAAUAUAAUUAUAGUAAUAGUAAUAAUUUUUCAUAAGAAAGGAAAGAAAGAGGGUGGAGGCCUCACAGCCUCACCUCAGAAUUCUUCAGAAAAGGCGAAAAGGGACCUUGCUGCCGCCUGCUGUGUUAGGGGAAGGUGGAAUGAUUGAGGGAAGAGAUGUCCCUGGAUAUUGUUUUUGAGGGUGCACAUGUAAUGCCUCCUGUUUUUGUAUGGUGGUUUGUUUGGCAGUGGGGUGUUCUGAGGAGGAUGUUGUGUCUGCAUUGUGGGUUAGGGAUUAACUGUUCUGGAGCUGAGGUUCUUGUAUUCAGAUGUACUAUGGACAACUUAUAGAGAAGUCAGUUUUUAAAACUAUAUUAAUUUAGAAAGAACAUCCUGAUAGCUUAUUUCAUAUUCUUUGGGGGCUAUUGCAGGUUCAUGUUGGACCUAUGCGAAGUACAAGUGUAGGAUGGCUAAAGCUGAAAAGUACAGACCCAAGAGAGCAUCCUGUCCUUGAGCCCAACUAUUUGUCAACAGGUAAGUUGCAUAGGUUAUCUGUAUUCUAUACCUUGUCCCUUUUGGUUUGUGGUUCAAAACCAUGAGAGCACUGCUUUGUAUUUUGUUUUAGUAUCAUUUUCCAUCCAUCCCAAACUAUGUAGGACAUGGCAAAGUGGUCAUGUAUCAUCUACUGAGAGCCCAGUUCUCUCAGAUAACUAUGUUUCCCCACAUGUGUAACUGUUGUUGUGGUCAUAGUCAUAGUCAUCACCACCACCAUUAUUAAAUAAUUGCCUUCCACAUAUGCCUCAUGGCGAUGUACAAAGCAUUAAAAACACUAAAAAUGACAUCAAAUUUAAAAACAAUACAGAGUACACAUUCAUGGCAUAGACCUUUUUAUCCAGCUGGAAAAAUUUGUAGGUACAAAAAUACCUUCAAUUGUUUCUAGAAAUUGUUCCUGAAAAUUUGCCGUUUCCAGGUUGGUAGAACCCAAUGGAAUCAGGUUGCCUGAAGUGAGCCAAUACAAAAUAAUAACAGUACAGGCCACAAUUAAAAUGUCUAGAAAGGCAUGUUGAGAACCUUCUGUUUACUUCGACUGGAUAUUCCUCAACUUCUGGUUGUAGUACUGUGGUCUAAAAUUUUGUGUGCUGUUCUGUGCAUGCAAAGCUCUUGCAGAUGCAUGAUGCACCAUUGAAGGAGCAGAUACAUAAACAUGCAUACCAUGCAGCUUCCACGGCUAUAUGAAUUUGCUCUAUCAUUAAAGUUUUCAGUUAGAAAACAGAGGGUUGUCUGAAUUCAACACUAAUGUUGAUCACAUAGUAAAUCUCGAUAGGAAAGUACUAACUGAGUGAAAUGCUAAAUAGAAGUGGCUCACUGGAGGGGACAGAGCUGCUGGCACGUGGGUUGCUGUUUUGUACUGGGAGAGGAGCAAGAUGGCCAAAAGGUUGGCAUGAUGGAAAUGGACCUUGGAGCCAGCUUUGGGGGAGAUGCCUCUCUCUCUCUCUCUUGAUUAGCAAAAAAGGUAUUAAAUAAGGCAAUACCCAUUCCCUGCCUGUCCUGUUCUUGACUUCUCACAUUUUACUUGCAUUUCUAAGAUACUGCCUGUAUGUAAUAGGCAGUACAGUAAUAAUGCUCAGUGUUGAGCAUGCUUAGAAUCUUUGUCUUUGUCUUUCUUAUUUACAGAAAUAGAUGUCUGGGAAUUUCGUCAGUGUGUGAAGCUAGCAAGAGAGAUAUUUGCUCAGGAAGCCUUUGAAAAAUUCCGUGGACCUGAAAUUCAGCCAGGAAGCCAUGUUCAGUCUGAUGGAGAAAUAGAUGCCUUCAUCAGACAAAAGGCUGAUAGUGCCUACCAUCCUUCAUGCACUUGUAAAAUGGGACAGAGUUCUGAUCCCACUGCUGUGGUUGAUCCCCAGACCAAAGUUAUAGGGACAGAAAACCUGAGAGUUGUUGAUGCCUCAAUAAUGCCUAGUAUCGUAAGUGGAAAUUUAAAUGCCCCAACCAUCAUGGUAGCAGAGAAAGCUGCUGAUAUAAUCAAAGGACUACCAUCGCUUCAAGAGAAAAAUGUUCCUGUAUAUAAACCCAAAACUUUGGAAACUCAGCGAUGAAAUAGCUGUGAUGUUCUCUGCAGAAUGUAUUCUAAUAAUAAUUGAAAAUCAACUUUCUAUUUCAGUCAAACAAAGAGAUUUGGUGUGUAAUGAAAAUUGUUCAGAAAAUAGCUGCACGCUCAAGUAAGAACAGGUAAAGAUAUAUAAGAAACUGCUUGAUAACAGCAUGGCUGACAUGCAUAGAUAUUUAUUACUUCAUGUAGUAGGAUCUUAUGAUGGAAUUGACUUAAGAUCUUGAUUAUUUAGGAUGUAGUUUGUGGGCUUACGGAAGAAUUUCCCUACACUAUAACAUGGAUAUUAUAUCAGAUUUUCUCAGGGCUAUACAAAAUAUAGAAGACUGAGCCUACACAUUAAAGAGGACUGGUUGAUCUAAUACUUAAGAGUACACUUCAGAAAAAUGAAGCCACAACAAAGUUCUACUGAAAGCUUUGUUUUGGGGUUUAUCUUAACUGGAACAAUUAGAACCAACUAAAUUUGUUGAGUUGUGACUAAAGUUAGGACCCCCCCCAAUAAUUUUUUGUAGGACAAUUUGUCCCCUAUAAAAGCAAUUAAUGAGUUCAACAAGUGCACAGAAUAAUAGUAUAGAUAAACAAAAAAAGAGACUAUCUCCAGCUGUCAACGGCUUCUGUUACUCUUAAUAAAUUACAGGUACAGCAAGUUACGUAAUGGUUGCCUAUGAAGCAUUAGAUGUCAACUUGGAUGUUGAGGACAUGGUUGUUGAACAGCCUAAGUUUAGCUGAACCUUCUUGUGCUUAUAGUAGCAGGCCCACAUGUUCAGGUUUCUGUGUGCAAUUUAGUGAAUAAUUUAGUCGUUCAGUCAUUCAUAUAGGAACUAAAAUAUUCACUGCGCCCAGGAGUACUGUUUCCCUGGGGAGGGAGUUCCAGGGCCAUAGAAAGCACCUGAUCUUCCUCUCUGAGGACAAGGAGGCUGCUCUGACCUUUAAAGAGGAAGAGCUAAUGCUGGAUUGCCCUUUUUUGUCACCGUGACAGCUUCCACAGCUGUCGCCCAAUUUAUGGGAUGGUUCUGGUAUUAGUAGGGCUGAAAAGAGGGGCGUCAGGGGAAGACUGGAUUCAUAAUCAAAAGGAGGCAGACCCUUUCCAGUUUCCCAACACAUCCCUAAAUUAAUGUUGCCUCUCUUUUCAGCCUUACCAAGCUUGGAGACCUUUUAGGCAACAAGUGACUAAUACAUUGGUACCUUGGAUUACAACCAUUUUGGAUUACAACCACGUCAAACCCAGAAGUGUGUGUCUCUCUCUUUGAAUUACAACCCAUUUUGGGGGGGAUUACAACCCCCCCUUUUUUGGGGGGGAGGCCCCAUUGGCGAAAGCGCGCCUUGGGUUACAACCUGUUUUUAUUUAUAACUGGACCUCCGGCAUGGAUUAUGGUUGUAAACCAAGAUAUCACUGUACAUUUAAUAAACUUUAAAUAGUAGUAAUAAUAAUAAAAAACAACACCCAGGAAAUAAACGAGUUAGCAUAGUUUCUUCCCAUUUAUUAUGUCCCACUUUAACUGAAGGGAAAUUAUUUAAAAAGUAGAAAAGGACAGAAAUGCAGGACCCCCUUUUGGUACUUCUGCCUUGCUAGUGAGAAUGCAAGUUCCUUCCCUCCUCUCCUUAAAAUUGUGACCUAAUCUGCUUUGAUACAAGUUAUACAUGGCAGAUAAUUUAGUGACAGGCAAUUGAAAGCAGAAAAGGACACCUGGAGAAAAUGAUGUUCCUUAACACCUUAACCUAAACUGUACCUGGUUGUACUCAUUAGGCUGGAGGAAUGGUGUUGCUAUCAUUUCUUCAUGCAGUAAAAUCCCCAGCAGUUUUCACAGGGCACACUCUAGCCAAGGCCAAAGGGGACAGAAGACUCUGGGUUUCCAGUAGGGUGAGGAUCUUGGGCUACUGCAGUCACAGGAUUUGACAUGAUAAUGAAAUAGAGCUGGGGUUGUAAAUUUUUGGCAUAAAUCCAAAUUGCACCAUUUCAGAUUUCAUCAGAACCUCUGAAUAAAGAACCUCAUAGAAAUAAUAAUAAUAAUUCUUUAUCGCUUGCUUGAAUGAAUUUAUAGGUCAAUCUUAAAUGUACCUUUUCUGUUAUUGACUAUAACAAAGGUUACCAUGAACAUAUUUUAAUUGUUUAUAGCUAUGGAUGUUUCAUUAUGUCACUUGUUUUUAAUUAUCUGGCUUUCAGUGUAAUAUAUUUUCUAAUAGCAGCUUGCUGUUUUUUCACUUUCGUUCUGCUGCUGUGUUCAUCUUUAUUACUUAGUUGUCAAGGAAGAAUUGCUUAUCACUGAGGGCUAUCACUUACUAGCCAAACUUUGGUCUGGGUGCUUAUGUAAAUGGUAGUCCCAUGUUGACUAAUCAAGGAAAUCCUCCUUGUGUAUUUUCCACAUAGGAUCAAAAGUAAGAGAAAAAUACCAGCACUGCUAUGUCAUCUAGUAGGAAAUCCCUGGCUCUUGUAGUCACACUUGAACUAAAAUCACUUGAUCCUUACUCAUUACACUUUUCUCAUAUAUUUCAUAAAUGGGUAUUGCAGCUUUGUCCAAGUUAAAUUUCUCAGAUCAGUGUUCUCUGUUUUGUACAUUGUUGGCACAACCUUGCAAAGUUAGUAGUGGAUAAUGUCCCAGAUAACUUGAGUUUCAUUGAUUUCAUUUAAUGAACUCAUGAUUAACUUACGCUGGGUUGAGCCCUUUGUAUAUAAUAUUAAAAAGCAACUGUAGAAGAUGAAUUCCUGAUGUUUCUAAACAGGUACAGUUGUUUAGAAUAAUUAUUACAUGUUCAGAAUCCUUAUUUAAAAUGCAGCUAAUGUAAUUACAUGCUUUUAAACAUUUUCUAGUGUGCUGCUAAUCUUCUCUCCCCCCCCCAUAUUUCUAGGAUAUAUUUUUGCAUUUGCCCUCUGUAGAAUCUGUUUUGAAAAGCUGUGUAAAAUGAACUUCCCUAAUUUAACACCUAUAAUUUGCUGCUUUGUGAGGCAAAAGCAGCACUAUUAUGUAGUAUGAUAUUAAAAUACAAAGUAUAGAUUUAAUGCUGUGUACAGAUCUGCGUAUGCGUCUGUGAACUGCAUUGACAUAUCAGUACUUCUGAAGCUGGUGAACAAAUGGUCACCAGAGUCAGUUUUGAUUAGGCAAGAGUGGCUUUUCUCACCACCUGACACAGAUCACUAGUACUACCAUUGCUGAGUGUACCUGCUGUCCAGAAGGGGCAAGUGCACAUGGGCCUACCCUAUCAUAAACCACUAGUUUUAAGAGCUUAAUGUAUGUGGCUGUUUUAUUUUAGGUUUUUAACCUUUGCAACAUAAUCUAGCCAUAGGCAUUGCACACAGAAUGCCCCUAUUCUACGUACAUUCACAGUGGGGAGUAAGGCCCAUUUAUGUCAGUGGGACAUAUACGGUUGGCUCACACAGGCAUGUAAAUAAACUUAUUUCUCUACACUUAAUGUCUGCCAACUGAACGUUUGAACUUAGGCUAAAAAGGUUUUGUGUUUAAGCUGAUGUGUGAUAAUACAAUGUCAUUUGUGUUUGAUCAACCACACCAUUGCAGCCCUCUAGUCAACAGCACAUGAAUGAACCAGCCCUUCUAAGUAAACAGGCACAUGAUUAGGCAGAAAGCCAAUUUGUACAUCUGAAUCAUGCUUGCUGGACCAGUGAGCCUGAAACCAUCUUCUCUGUUUACUUUUUACAUUACUGUAGUUUUAUAAACUCAGAAAUUUUCAUUAUGAAAUGAGUUAACAUUGGCCAAUACUGCAAGGAACUUGGGAGGAUUAUGGAAAGUUUAUUAUUAUUAAUAGAAUUUAUAUCCUACUCUUCCUCCUGAAGGAGCCCAGGGCAGCAUACACACCUACAAUUAAAAACAAAACAUUAAAAACACAUUAUUAUUAUUUUAAAAAACAAUUCCAAUACAGCUGCAGACUGGGAAAGAUUUCAGCUUAAAAGGUUUGUUUAAGGAUCUGAACCCAAGGUAUUGUUUGUCAGCAUGUGAGCAACAUAACAAGUGCAGUAAUCAGAACCUUUUAACUGUAGUUAGCCCCCUAUUAGAUUCCUUGGGACUUUCAAGGCAACAUCAUCCACUUGAGAAAAGUGGAAACAGGUUAAAAAAACCUGCUGACUCAAAAGCUGGCUGGAGGGACAACUGCAGAUGCUCUAAGCAGGUCCUGCUACCUGGUGUUGCUGCAAAGCAGUAAAACUGGAGCAUUGUAAUUAACUGGGAAGAAGAACGGCAUGUUGGCAUAAGAAUGCUACUGAAGAGAAAAUGUGACUGCAGUGAGCACUGUCCCAUAAGAAAUCAGGUAAAUAAUUUCUGUGAUAAAUGUUCUGUCAUUAAACUGGGACCAAAAUGAUUUACUCAUCAUGAUAAAAGUCGUAGAUCAAUCAGUGUGAUGCAAACAGUGAGUUUUUAAUAGAGAGACUUUACUGAGGCAAUUGUAGUGUGCUGUACUGCAUUCAGGGCAUUCAGUCCAGUAUAGCAUGAUUACCUUUGUGGCUUUUAGAAUGCAGAGAUCUUCCAAAUCAUAUGAUUUAUUAGCCCACUAUGAUGUGAUUGAUGUAGAGCGCCAUUUUAAAAUACUGCAUAUUACUAAAAGAUGCUGUGGUAGAAGAUAAAAUACCUGGUUUAAUAGUUGUUUACAUAACUGCAGAUGAUUCUCCAUCCAUGUUAUUGUAUAAUAUAUAUGAACCUGAAGGUUAUUGUAAACAGUAUAAGCAACUGUUUAUCAUGCUGCCAGAACAGUGGUGCUUAAUCCCUAUAUUCC